GCCGUCUUUUCCGGUUUCUGAAGACUUGAUAACCGUGCUGCGAAAUCUUCAACAAGAAGCAAGGAAGUUAACAAUCACAAAACUGUUUUGUGUCAUGGUUUAGAAACAUUUGUGACAUAUGACAUGUCAUCAUUACCGGCGACAUAGCUGUGGUUGCAAUUACUAAAAAGCAGUUUCUAGAUUAACGUUUGGAGUACUGCUUUUCCUAUCCACGCUCAUUUCAGAUCAUGGCAUCUACAAAGAAGAAGCUGAGACUGCGCAAAAAAAAUGUACCCAAAGAUGGAUCAAGUAAAAUUUCACAGACAAUGUCUGCAGAAGCCUCUCCUGACUCCAAAUGUCCUAUUUGCCUGGACAGAUUCAAUAACAUGGCCUACCUGGACCGCUGUCUACACAAGUUUUGUUUUCGGUGCAUCCAUGAAUGGUCAAAAAACAAAGCAGAGUGCCCGCUCUGCAAGCAGCCCUUUAAUUCGAUCUUCCACACCAUAAAAGCAGAGAACGACUUUAAAGAAUUCAUUUUGCGACCAACUGAGAAUGGCUCCUUUGGCAGUCUAGAUGGGCACAGGUUCAGGUAUCGCACAACAAUGACAAGGAGGACUUCCCCGCCCCCAGACAAUGGAAUUUUGUUUGAAGGGCUGACGGGAAAUGCUCCUCCCCAACGCAAUCGAGGAGUUCAACGCAUGAUGCUGCGACUUGCAGCAAGGAGGCGAGCCCAGACUGAGGGCAGGUCUGUCAGGCUAAUGCAGGAGCAAGAGAUGAUCAGUUUCAGACGGGCUCUCUACCGUACUGGGGUCAGAGUCCGAAAUGUGCACGAUGGCGGGCGCUACAGGGACAUAUCUGCCGAAUUUUUUAGGAGAAACCCAGCCUGUCUUCACCGACUGGUGCCCUGGUUAAAACGUGAGCUCACUGUGUUGUACGGUGCCCAUGGAUCUCUGGUGAACAUUGUCCAGCACAUCAUCAUGACACGGAUCACCAGGUACGACAUGGAAGACCAGGCUAUCCAAAAUGAACUGAAGCCUUUUUUACUUACCCGUACUGAUCAUUUCUUGCACGAGUUCAUCAGCUUUGCUCGGGCUCCUUACAAUAUGGAAGCUUAUGAUCAGCAUGCUGUUUAUGACUGUCCAGCACCGUCCUAUGAGGAAGGGAGCAGUUCAGAAUUGUCGGUCAUCACUAUAUCAGCUGAUGAAGCUGAUACUGAAGAGGAUCAAGGGAUGCUUUCCAUGGCUGGUAGUGGCCUCAGCCAGGCUCCCUGGGAUGAUGAAACUCCUGGCCCAUCUUACUCGGCAACGGAGCAGGUGCAUCCAGCAACGUUUUCUGUCAGCGAAUCUGAAUCUGAGACCAGUGGUGAUGAGGAAGGACAGAUAAGGCCUUCAGUGCAGGAAAGUGCUGAAGUUAAGACUGAUCCAUCGGCCAAUGAAGGGGCCGAUGCCUCCUCUACUGAUGAAGACUGUGUUAUUGUGGGCUUUGUCAAGCCCUUGGCUGAAAGGACUCCUGAGCUUGUCCAGCUGUCCUCUGACUCUGAGGAGUCUGUCCGCAAUGAAAGCACAGAGGUCCCUGCUCAACCACAGCACUUGCGAUUUCCAAGCAUCAGCAGCCCUCCUUCCUCUGUGUGUUCUGUUGUGUCCAAAGACAAGUCCCCUCAUGGGCAUGAAAAGUCCAGUAAGAAAGAAACCAGUAAGGGCAGAGACCAGUCCAAUUCAAAAGGGACCGGCACCAGCAAGAUUUACAGCAAAGGGAUGCAUGGGCAUGAUGACAGAAGGCACCAUAGGAGAGACCGAUCGAGGAGCAAAGAAAGAUCCCGACAGAACAAAAAAAGGAGAUCAAAAAGCACAGAGAAUAGUUGGUCAAUAAGAAGCACGACAACGUCACUGAACAGUGACAGUACACUUUCAAGAGGAAGAAGGCAAUCAAGAUCACGCAGCAGGGACUAUCCGCCUUCAAGAGAGAUGGGGUGGCAACGGAGCAGAGAUAACGACAACAGUUACUCAAGGCGCAGUCAUGAAAAAUCCUAUUCAUACCACUGGGACUCCUACAGCCAUUACAGCAGGGACAGGGGAAGCAAUGAUUCAUUGUACAUGCAAAAUAGGUCCUAUAGCGCAAGUUACUAUGUGAGUCCAGAAGAUAGGGCCAGAUCUCAUUCAAACAGUAGAAGCAACAGCAGCCACCGGGAUUACCACCCCAGGGAAAGGCGAAGGUCGAGAAGCUUCUCUAGCAGCAGUUCCAGGGCUUCCCGUUCUGCCCAUCGGAGAUCCAGGCAUGAUAAACCCAGCGGGAAAAGAAAAUACAAAACCCGUCAUCUGGAGGGCACAUCAAAAGAAGUGACCUCAAAGUCCUACUCGUCGUCUUCAUACAGCCUUCCAGAAAAGAGGGGGAGCAGUGAGCGACAUCAUAAAAAGUCUCGUAAGAAGAGCAGAAGUCUGAGUGUGGAAAUAGUCUAUGAGGGGAAGGCAACAGGAGAGAGUUGCCGCCGUCACAAGAAGCACAAAAAACACAAGAAAAAAUGCAAGCGCCACAGAAGCAGGGAAAAGGCAGGACACCAAGCCCCAACUGUCAUCACUAUUGACAGUGACAGUGAUCAUGCAAUGGAAGCAAGUGAUCAAGCAGAGAAGGAAAAUAUUCAUGCCAGGGAUGAAAGUGAUCACGCAGAGAAUGAAUGUGACCAUGCCAGGGAAAAAAUAGAUUAUACUGGAAACGCAAGUGAUCAAGCAGCAGAAGCAAGUGACCAGACAGGCAACACAAGUGAUCAAAGCGACAGCAGCAAUGAAAAUGAGAUCUCCAGCACCACCGGCAGCUUAGCUGAUACCAAUGUACAUGAAAGUCAUGUCCUAGCUGAGCACAGUGCAUCUGCUAUUUUAGAUGAUGAUGUUUUGACUAAAGCCACUGAAGCUACUGAUACAGGUGACGCAAUUAAAAGUGUAAGCUGCCAGACUUCUCUUGCCUUAAGUGACGAGAGCAGUACUGGGACUGGCAGCCUCUCAAACUCCCAAGAAACUAGAUUAGAGGAACAGAAUAGUGUAGAAAACUCCCCUCAAAAAAGCAACUGUAUCUCCAAGCCCUUCAACACAGGACCUCAUGCUGGGAUUUGCUAAAACACUUCUCCAAUACACCUCACUUACUUAACAUUUCCAUAUUGGACAUUUGUGGUAUUAUGAUGCUGAUAGGGUGCAACAACUGCAGAGAUGUCAAAAGAAAUAAAAUAUGUAACAUAUUA